CUUCCCCAAGACAAAAACACCAAUUAACCACCCCUGGAUCCUCAUCAAAAUCUUGCACUUUCUUCUUCCCCUCUUCCUCCCCUCUCUCUCUCUCUCUUCCAAAACUCAAUCUUUUGUUUCCUAGAGGGAGAGGUACAAGAAAUAAGAAAAUUUGAGAAGUUUCCAAAACUUCUACCGUCCUUCCCAAUUUUCUACACUCCUUUUAGCUCCCCCUUCACAGUACUAAAGUUUUAGUAGUAAUCAUUUUUCAUCAUCCUCAUCAUCAUCAUCAUUAAUAAUCUCCUUUUCUUGAUUUUUGAGUGUUCCAAUUUGGACGAUACUCCGAACCCACAAAAUUUUUUCCCUGUAUCGAAUAAAUUAACCAUCCCAAAAAGAGGAUCUUUUUUUCGGUGGAGAAAAGGAAGAAAAAGAAAAGAAAAAUAUGAGGGAGGAUGACUCAAAUUGGUUUGCUAAAUGGGAGGAAGAACUCCCUUCUCCAGAAGAGCUGACGCCUUUGUCCCAAACCCUAAUCACCCCUGAUCUAGCUGUAUAUUUCGAUAUUCGAAAUCCCAACAGCCCGCAUCACCACCACCACCAUCAGCAGAAUCCGCCGCCGCCGCCGCCGCCUCCUCCGGCGCCGUCCCAAGGUCAGAAUACUCCCUCCUCUCAGCCCAACUCAUCUGCGGAGUUUGACUCCUCUGAGCUGGGUGGGACUGGCGGAGGGAGUGGAGGAGCAGGGGCGGGUUCAGGAGGCGAGGAGCCAGCUAGGACCCUGAAGCGGCCCCGGCUCGUGUGGACGCCACAGCUUCACAAAAGAUUUGUGGAUGCUGUGGCCCACUUGGGGAUCAAGAAUGCUGUCCCCAAAACUAUAAUGCAGUUGAUGAGUGUAGAUGGGCUAACACGCGAAAAUGUCGCCAGCCAUCUGCAGAAGUAUAGGCUGUAUUUGAAAAGAAUGCAGAGUAUUUCGAGUGGUGGCGGCAAUGGUGGUGGUGUGAAUGGUAAUGCUUCAAUGGCUGCAGCUGGAAGCGAACCAGAUUUGUUUGCGAGUACGCCUGUUCCACCACACUUUCUGCAUCCAGGCAGGCCGAAUUCGGACCAUUUCUUGCCUUUUGUGCCUAUGACAAUGCAGCAUCAUCAUCAGAUGGCAACAGUGGUGGGGCACCACCAUCCUCACCCACAGCUACAGCAGCAGUUUAGGGAUUUCGGUACAUCCCCGCCUAAUGGGCAGUUUGAGCAUCGAUUUUUGCCCAGGCAAUCACAGCAGCAGGUUCAGAGGAUGGGGACACCAGUGCAUAGUAAUACUCCUGUAAUGCCAUCUUACGUGGAGGAUUUGGAAUCAGCUACGGCUGCUAGUGCGAAUGGGAGGAAAGUUCUCACCUUGUUUCCAACUGGGGAUGAUUGAAUUUGGGGGAGGUCAUCGUUGCAUUUGGCGUUAAUGGUUAGGGGAUCAGUGCAUAGUAUCAGUUCUGGAGUCUUUUAGUUCAAUUCCAUGAACUCCUGCAAGUGUAAUUAAGUUGCGGAUAGCAUUUUGUCAUCUCCAAUUCUACUUCUGGUGGCAGACAAGCCAGUUAUUGAUGGUGUCUCUAUUUUAUCCAUUCUGCUUCUAGUGACGGAUAAUGACCAUGAUGUCACUCUGGGCGGCAAUAAUGUAAUCAGCUCUAUGUGGCUUUCUUAGAGGAUUUGCUGAAGUCCAUGGUAGCCUGUAAGGGCAGCAAAGAAUGAUGUUGGAAAACAAGCAUGGCGUAGAUAUGUCCUCUAGUUAUCUUAGACUCAGAUCAAAUCCAUGGAUAUUAAAUAUGGUAUUGCAGUUUUGGCAAUGUCCAGAAUCUCCACCAUUAGGAACUUAUAUAUCUUGUUUUCUAGUUUUGUAUCUUGUAGAGAUGAGUCCUGCUUGCUGUAAAUUGUGUGGUUUGAUAGCAGACUUUUAAACCCUGUAACUGGGGAAUCUUUUAGCAAAGAAUAACAAUUCUAAUGUUAUUAACAUGUU